CCCAAUGUUGUCCUUUAUUUCAGGAUUUGUCAAUUCACAUACGUAAUAGGCAAGGUUAUUACUACGUGAAUCAAAUUUAAGAGUUUGUUCCCAUAAAAUACUUCGGUUUUUUACAUGUCAUGGACGAUGCUAAUGAUAGCGACAGUACCAGUUCACUCGGAAAUAAUAUGAGCAGCUCAGAAGGAGAAUAUUCUAUGAUAGAUAAUCUUGAUCAUGAGCAGACAGAUUUUCCAAAAUUCGACAUGACGUCGUGGAGUCCAAAGAGUGAGAGUGCUGGUGUUGACUAUCUCUGCCUUGUUCCAUUUGCCUCCAACUACAAACCUGAAUAUGACCAAUCGUUUCACACGGGGAAAUCUAAGAACAACUGUUCUGAACGUAUACACAGAAAACCAUACUCCAAAAGCAACAGGUUAGAUGAAAGACGUUUAAGAAUGGCAGCUAACGAAAAUGAUUCAAGUUUAGUGUUAAAUUUAUUGGAAAGUGGCAUAGACACAUGUUGUUUCGAUGAGAAAAACCGGACCCCAUUACACUUCGCAGCAUCCCAGGGUAACGAGACUAUUGUGAAAGCUUUAUUGGACAAGGGAGCUGACCCCAAUCAGAAAGAUGCUGUUGGGAAUACGCCCCUACAUCUUGCAGCUUGUACAGGCAAGGUAUCAAUAGUUACACUGUUGCUUAAGGCUGGGACCAACUUACAAUCAGUGGACAAGUAUGGACGAACGCCUCUAACAGUUGGCAAAUCACGCUUAAAGUUUCUGUCCGAGUCCAAGGUUUAUUCUUCGAAGCAGGUCAAAGACGAAACUUUAAAGAUCUGUGAUAUGAUGAAAACCUAUUUGAACUUGUCCGGGAUGUCCGAAGAUGUAACGGAACUGGAUCGCCUGUGCGACAAACUUCAGCAAGUGUCGACAAGAGAGGAUGUGAACCAUGUUAAUUUAUUACUGUCGGACUUUGCGGGACUCACAUUACAGAAGAAAAACUCAUCGUGACAUCGGAAAAAAACCCGUUAACUUCAUCAGUAACUUUAGAACCAACGUAUUUAACCCUUUAACCACUGUAGACCAUAAUGGACUCAUCCAGAUAAAUCCAUGGUAGAGUUUAUUACUCAAAGUUACAUAGGGAUGAAAGGGUUAACCUGCAAAAAGCCCAGGAGACCAAUUCAUAAACACUGACUCAAUGUUUGGGGGUGGGCAUAUAAUAUAACAGGACAAUAAAAUAGCAUUUGUUGGCAUUUUUACUUAACUGAAAUUUUUAUGGGUGGGCUUCUUACCAGGCAAAGGCUUAUUGCCAGAUAUAAAUGGUCAUCGGACUUAAAUAUUAUUUCCGCAUACCAAGGUAUAUUAAAAUGUAGGUCAAAGUAAGGAAGAAACUCAAACAGUCAUCAAAUAGGGUUUUAACCCAUGUAAUAUGACCUAUCAGCCCUGUGAUUGGUUGUAAGUUUCAAUUGUUUCAAUUGUGAAGUCACGC